CUGGGUUUGCUUUUGGGGGUGGGAAGAGGAGGGUUUCUGAGUGCUCCUGGGGACUAGUGACCACAGAGUGAUGCAGGAGCUGGUGGCUGGUGUGGAGAGGAUCAGAUUUGAUGCAGAGGCUGACCUAGAGCAGCAGCAAGGAGCCCAGCUGCCCCCCUUCCCAGGCGAGUGCAGCAGUGAGGACUGUCCCUUCCCACUUGCUGAUGCCACAGCUGGCACCGUGGGCUGUCCCUGGUAUGACCAAGGCUUCUGCAGGCAUGGUCCCCUGUGCAGGUACAAGCACACACAGAGGGUGAUGUGUGCCAACUACCUCGCUGGCUUCUGCCCUGAAGGACCCACAUGUAAAUUCAUGCACCUCAAGGCCGCGUUGAUGAUGCACGGCACAGAUCCAGCAAAGGGAGCGGAGUGUCCUCAGAAGCCAGGUGUGGCUGGAUCCACUGCCAGAAGGGAGAGUGGCUGCAAAGAUGUGUCACCUGCAGGGCCCCUGCUGCUAGUCACCAGCACCACUCAGUCCCUGGCAGUGCAGCCCAGGGACCCCCGCAAUGAUCCCCCCAUCCUACAGUGCCCACCAGAACCAGGCAUCUGCUUCAAGUGCAGACAGAAAGGUCACUAUGUUGGCAAGUGUGGGAAGAAUCAAAUGGAAAUCCUGCUGAGGAAACGAGUGCUCUCACAGGGAAAGCAGAAGGAAGACACGGGGAGGUGUACAACAUGAUGGAGCCAGACAGGCCACUAGGACAGCUGCUGGACUAGAAAAGCCUGUUGGCUUUGCUCAGCACUUGCUCUUACAGCUAUUUGCCCAAGCAGCAGAAGAGAAAAAUCACAUCUUCCUUAAUGGGACUCUUCACUGUUCCCACAGCAGUCACUGCCUCCAUCCCCUCCUGCACAGCUGGCACAUGGCUGCACUUGGGCUGGUGCAGCAGGGAGAUGGCACUAGGAGAU